GAGUGGAGGGAGGGUCGGAGCGGCUCCCGGUGCGGGGCGCGGGGCGCUGAGCAGGGCUGAGCCGGCACCGCGGGGCGCUCCGCAGGGGAGGCCCUCCCCGCUACCCGCGCUCCCCUUGCCCCCGCCCAGUGCCCCCGGUGCCCCCCGCACCAUGCCCGAGCAGCUCAGCGUGGCCGACUUCUUGGCCGUGACCAACGAGGACCUCAGUUCUCCGGCCGCCGCCUUCGCCUCCAUGAUGCAGAAGUGCCGGGGGGCAGUAGGGGCUCUGGAGGAGAGUCUGGAUGGGGACCAAGCUGUGCUCCAGAGGAUCAGGAAAUAUGUGAAAGCCAUUCACAUCUCUGGGCUCACCCAUGUGGAGAAUGAGGAACAGUACAGUGAGGCCCUGGAGAACUUCGGCAACAACCACCUCUCCCAGAACAACCAUGAACUCUCCACUGGCUUCCUAAACCUGGCCGUCUUCACCCGUGAGGUCACUGCACUCUUCAAGAACCUGGUGCAGAAUCUGAAUAACAUUGUGUCCUUCCCCCUGGACAGCCUGUUGAAGGGGCAGCUGAAGGAUGGCCGCCUGGAUUCCAAGAAACAGAUUGAAAAGGCCUGGAAGGAUUAUGAGACCAAAGUGGGGAAGAUGGAGAAGGAGAAGGAGAAGGAACGAGCCCGCUUGGCUGGGGUCAUCCAGGCUGAGCCAGCAGCAGCAGAGAUGGCCGAGGACAUGCAGAAAGAGCGGCGGCUCUUGCAGCUCCACAUGUGUGAGUACCUGCUAAAAGCCAGCGAAUCUCAGAUGAAGCAGGGACCGGAUUUCCUGCAAAGCCUCAUCAAGUUUUUCCAUGCUCAGCACAAUUUCUUCCAAGAUGGCUGGAAGGCUGCCCAGAACCUCUACCCCUUCAUUGAGAAGCUCGCAGUGUCCCUCCAUGUGCUCCGCCAAGCACAGGAGGAAGAGGUGAAGCAGCUCAUGCAGACCCGCGAUUCCCUUCGCAACAUCCUGCAGCUGGAGAACAAGGAGGAAAACUUGAGCAGAAAGAACUCUGGCAGUGGCUACAGUAUCCACCAGCACCAAGGCAACAAGCAGUAUGGGACAGAGAAGUCAGGAUUCCUGUACAAGAAGAGUGAUGGGAUCCGCAAAGUGUGGCAAAAGAGGAAGUGCGGUGUGAAGUACGGCUGCCUGACCAUCUCCCACAGCACGAUAAACCGUCCCCCUGUGAAGCUGAACCUCCUCACCUGCCAGGUGCGGCCUCAUGCUGAGGAGAAGAAAUGCUUUGACCUGGUGACACACAACAGGACAUACCACUUUCAAGCAGAGGAUGAGCAGGAGUGUGUUGUGUGGGUCUCGGUGCUGCAGAACAGCAAGGAUGAAGCCCUGAGCAAUGCCUUCAAGGGGGAUGGGGGCAGUGGCGGGGUGGUGGCAGGCACCGGGGUGAAUGGCGGCAUGCAGGAGUUCACCAGGCUGGUUAUCAGUGAAGUGAAGAACAUGCCAGGAAACAAGCAGUGUUGUGACUGCGGUGCCCCAGAUCCCACAUGGCUCUCUACCAACCUUGGCAUCCUGACAUGCAUCGAGUGCUCUGGUAUCCAUCGGGAGCUGGGUGUGCAUUAUUCCCGCAUCCAGUCCCUCACUCUGGAUGUUCUCAGCACCUCCGAGCUGCUGCUGGCUGUUAGCAUUGGGAACACUCGCUUCAAUGAGAUCAUGGAGGCCACGCUACCCACACAGGACUGUCCCAAGCCUUCGGCCAGCAGUGAUAUGGCCGCGCGCAAGGAAUACAUCAUGGCCAAGUACAUGGAACGACGCUAUGUGCAGAAAAGCAGCCAGGACAACCCCCACAGCCUCUGGGAAGCCAUUCGAGCCCGUGACCUCCUGGCCCUGCUCAAGGCCUUUGCUGAGGGGCAUGACCUGACCAAGCCCUUGGCCAGCCCUGACGGUCAGGAUUCAGGUGAGCUGCCGCUGCACAUGGCUGUGCGCCACGCUGACAGAUCAUCCCUUCCCUUGGUGGACUUCAUCAUCCAGAAUGGGGGAACACUGGAUGAGGUAAUGCAGGAUGGGAACACGGCCUUGCAUUAUGGUGUGCUCUACAACCAGCCCAACUGCCUCAAGCUGCUCCUGAAAGGCAAAGCCACUUUCACCACAGUGAAUGCGGCAGGCGAGACAGCUCUGGAUGUGGCGAGGAGGCUGAAGUACAGCGAGUGUGAGGAGCUGCUGGAGCAGGCACAGACAGGGAAGCUCUCCCUACAAAUCCAUGUGGACUAUGACUGGGAGCCCCCAUCAGAGUUGGCCUAUGACAGUGAGGAUGAGCUGGAGGAGAAGGUGAGCCCCCUCCAGCGCACCUUCAAGGGCACAUCACCACUGGCCUCCAGCCCGCUGCCCGCCUGCCCCCAGACCCGCUGGAGCUGCAUGGGGAUGGACAUCACCAACAAGACCUACGAGAGCAUUCUGGUUCCCUCGCGCCCUGCACCCCGCCGGGCCCACAGUGAGGAGAUCCCCCCGCCGCUGCCCCUCAAAAACCCUACGCGGGGCAGCUCUCGUCCCAAACCCAGCCAUAGCCCCACCGAGCACCCUGAGCUGCCCCAGCAGGCAUCGGAGCUCCACUUCUCUGAGCCAGCGGAGGCACUGACACCACGCAGCCUGCCUUGUGCUAGCAGCACAGGUGCCCUGGAUGGCACCCCCAGCACCCGCAGCCCUACCGAGAGCCAGCGUGCAGCAUAUUGGGAAACCCACUCUGAGACGGACACUAGCAGCAGUCGGCAGGGGCCAGAGCUGAGUCCCCCACCUGCACAGCCCCUGCCAGGCAGCACAGUCCCCGACAUCCCACCUGUCAAGUUUAGCUCAGAGAGCACCCGCUCGUACCGGCGCAUUGGUGGCAUGGUGGGCAAAAUGGGGUUGGCUGGGUCCCCCCAGAGCCCUGGUGGCCCCGACGACCCCGUUCUCAGCAAGGUGCCCCCUGUGCCCAUGCCCAGGAGAUUUGCUCCGGCCAAGGGGAGGCAGAAGCGGGUAAAGGCAGUGGCUGACUGCAAAGGGGACAAGGCACGAGAGCUGACUUUCUCCAAGGGCGAGGUCAUCGUGGUGACACGGGAGGAGGACGAGCAGAUCUGGGUCGGCUUCAUUGAGGGCGAUGGCUCCCGCACCGGAGUCUUCCCUGCCAGCUUUGUCCACCUCUUGCAAGACUGACUGUGUGGGGGUGGCCCAUUUGUCACUGUCCUAUUGGCUGGGACUAGAGGCAGCUCCCUGCUGGGGGCUUGGUAGAGCCAGGCCACAAGGGACAUGUGGCCAGGAUCCUGGCAUGAGACCAGUGCUCUCCAAGGGGGCCCACAGACCCCCUGCACUGCGAAAACCAUCCAUGGAUGGCAGUGGUGGGAAGCUGAGGAGCAGAGAAUGGACAUGCUUGCUGCACUGGUGGGAUGAGGUUUCUGUGCCAGCCCCUGCUGAUCUUCCAUCCUUCCCAUGGGCUCUGCCCAUCCCUUGGGUUUUCUUCUUCCUUCUCUCCAAGGAAUUUGGGAUGGGGGAGCUGUAUUUGGUGACCCCCACCCUCUGCCAGAUAGUCAUGAAGCCUCUUCCUCAUCCUGGUGGCAGCCAUGGACUGCCAGUCUCCGUCUGUACCCCAACUGUGAAGCCUUUGGGAUGGGCAAGAAAUAGGAGAGGAGUCUUUUUUUGUGUCCAUCCCCCACCCCAGGUUCUGGGAGCUGCCUGGACUGGUGGAGUCUGGGGAUGAUGCUUCAAAGCUUCUCCAAAACUGGUACUGAAAUGCCAUUCCCUGAUUUGGAUGAGGGGGGAUGUUUCAGGUAGUACCACAGAGCCCCUUCCCCAUGUCCCUCACCUGGGGUGGGUGCUGGAUCACUGCCCCUUCCUGAGGCGGGGGGGGCUCUCAGAGGGGGUUUUGCAGGUUUUUCUAGAACCAGAAUAUCCCUGUACUGGUAUCCCUUGACGGCCACUUGCCUCAAUACCCCCUCACUUUACCCUUCUCAUUUCUAUGUCAAAUGCCUCAUCUCAAAACAGUAUUUUUUAAAAUGUUUUCUGUCUCUGAUUUCUAAUAAACCAUCAUUUUUUAAAGCACUUGGAAG